UACGCACCUAAAAAAUUGCAUUUUUGGACACUCUUCACAUGCGAAUAAUAAUGCGAAGAAAAAAUGUGAAACGCGCGGAAUGUCCGGAAGAAAAAUCGAACCACACGAAUGGCGAGGAUAGCUCCGUUAUAACGCGCAUAGCAUAGCACCUUCACUCCGUACAGUUGUAACAGAUAGUAUAGUCGAGAGGCAAUCUUUGGUAUACUACGUUGUGCUGCUGACCCAAAUGAAUCCUGACCGCCAGUCGCCAGUCAGUCCCGCUCCGGGCUUCUUCGCGGCAAUAUUGCUCGCUCGGUCGCGCGUUCUCGGUUGCGUUCAAUUGUCAAUUUUUGUAACGCAUAGCAAUCGAGACGCACCGAUGUCAAAAUUCUUUUAUAAACAUCGUUUCGUCCUCAUUACUUUCUCUGUCAUGACUACACCUUAUCUUCCUACAAAGUGAGUGUUAAUUAUCAGUAAUUCCAUUUUGUUUAAUCAACAAAGCAGAUUUAAACAUUAGUUUUACAAGUUUGCGCACUGGAUGAUGAUCCAUUUCGGUCGCAGUGCAGUUCUGCCGAUUGAUCGGUGCUUGAUCGAGAAAUCGACGAAAAUAAAUUUCUCGUGACUGGUGUAUCGUGCGUGUUAAAACGGUGCCCCUGUUCCACCCAUAAGUAAAGGCAUUUCAGGUUUACGAUUACAGCUGCCACUCGUCAAAGUUAAAGGCGCGAGUUGAUCUGGAAAUAUAUAUCGUGAAUAGUGGAUUGAGAAGAAGGAGUGGCAUUUCGUGCAUAAUGUAAGAGAGCUGAUGCCAAAACGAAGAAAUCACAGGACGCUACCAGGGGACCGGAUAUCUGUCCCAAACACGCGCAUCCUGCAGGCUCGCCCUAGCGAUGCGACAUACCACACUGGUCCCGCAUAAUCAUUGACAAUUGGCAAGAUGAGAAGCGAAGUGGGCGAAUGGCUGGCCACGUGCGUAGGUUCGCCAAUAUGCAUCCUGCUGCUAUCAUGGUCCCUAUUGAUCUACCAGAAUCAAUCCUCAUCCUCGAAAAGAAAGAUUGAUGUGCUGACAGUCGCGAUUCUCUCUCAAAGUCUCACGCAUCAAUUAGGAUUGCUGCUAUACGCGAUCCUCACUUUGAUCCGUCCAGCGAAUCAUUUUGGAGAGUUAUGCUCAACGUUGGUCUGGGUGCUCAACUCAUCGAGUAUCCUUCAGGAACUGACCUUGACGUCGAUCGCAGUGUUCGCGGCGAUCAGCAGUCGCGAUGAUGUUAUCAAUCUAACAAAAAAUCACCUCAAAUACCAUUUGGUGAGCUUGAGCGUCAUCAGCGCCUGCAUCGGUGUCACCGGCGUUCUCAACUUCGAGCCGGAGAUCUGCGUUUUUCUGGCUCACGAGAUCUCCCAUAAGUACGGAGUCUUUGUCAACUCUCUAAGAAGUCUAUUGGCCCUCGCGUCUCUUUUCGGCGUGUUGGUUGCGGCCUUUAAAACCCUAUGCCGUCCACCGACUUCUGAGCUACUUAAAUCAGUCUCGGAUUUAUCCGAGGCAAGCUCGAAGAACUCUUCGGGAGCGUUCGAUUGUCACCCACAACAUUGGGAUCCCUCGAGCGGAUCGUGCACCAGUGGUUCAACCAACAGCAGGGCGUGUUUGAGAAAGAAGAGGAUACAGGUGGACGAGGCCAGUGGCAGAUCUACCGUUUACAGCAUACUUUUUGUCUGCUACAUCUUCGAGCAUUUGCCCAUCUUGAUCAUCUCCAUUAAGCCGAGCCUUCUAAAGAACUUCUGCACGCCCCAAAAUUUGGCGAUAUGGCUGCCACUGGUGAAGGAUACGCUACUUCCGGUUUUCCUGGCUCUCUUCGACAAGAUGUUCUGUCGAUACGUGGCCAAGGUGUAUACAAAGCAGGAUCACGCAAGGAGAUUGUCGCAUGGCGGUAUAGACGGUAAAUUUCGACACUUUGAACAAGAUGCCGAAUACAAGCUGCAGUUGAACUUAAAUCACGGACUAAAGUUUCCUCUGACAAACGGAAGCCUCUACGGACGGUUGCACAGCCAUCAGAACAGAGCGAAAACUGGCACGAUUACUAUGGGAAUUCAGCAACACUACCCCAAGACGCAAUCCAUGAACGAGGAUAGCAACUACGCGUCUCUGCCAGCGGAACUAUCAUCCUUCACGAGUUCGACCUUCGAACCGCGUCAGGACAGAAUCCCCGAACCGCCGAAGAACUCGAUGGAACAACAGCAGUCGGGAUGCAGCAGACGACCGAGACCAAACGAGAGCUUGCACGAGUUGGUUGGUAAUCGCAGGAAGAUCGGCAGCACCGACGUCUUCGGGCAGAACAUGGAGAACUUGGUGCAAUUGGAGGAUCCUGCGAGCAAUCGAAAAUUUCAAAUCAAGAAUCUCGACGAGAUUCGCGAAGAACCAUCCAGGCGACACGCUAGGAGCGUUCUCGGCCUGGAGAAGCUAAUUCUCGGGCUGGAAAACAACCUCCAAGAGCAGCAUUAUUCUAGAAACGUUUUGCGCAGAAAUCAAAGCUUCGACCAUGCCAGAUAUCGACCUAUGCUCGACACGAGGACCUACUUGAAGAAAGACGACCUUGUGAGAGAGAAUCUUGAACAAAAUCUUCAUCUAAAUCUUCAUAGACGGGAUAGUCACUGCGACGGAUACGAUAGCUCCGAUGACGAGAGUUGCGAUCUGGAGAACGGUGACUUCGACACGAUGAGCUCCUGCAGGAGCAGAAGCAGAAGCUGCUGUUCCGUCACUACGGUCGCCAAUGAUGACUUUGAAUAUUUUCAACGUAAAGGAACCAAGGUGGAGUUGCUGCCCUCGAAGCGAACCGGCGAGGUAAAGGUCAGCAUGCGAUCUUUCACGCCGCGUAUCAUAGAGAACGGUACGGAGGAUCGGGGGGACAAGAAAUGCGGUAGCAACACGAAGCUAUCCGAUACGAAGCCUAGCAUACAGUCCUAUCACUUGAAAACUAAGAGGAUCGCGCCUGGUUAUUCGAUGAACGAUCUAGAUAAGCUGAUUGCCAACAGAAAAUUGCCGAAUCUCUCCAUGGAGAAUCUGAGAAGCAUCCUGAAGAACUCUGGCGUGAGUUAUCUCGACAAUGGUGACAUAUGCAAACACGAUCUAGGCGGCUCGGCACCGGAUUUCAAGAAAAUCUUCGUCACCGAAUUCAUAUAAAAUCCACAACGUUACGUCAAUUGUUGAUAAAAGCGGAAGACUGUAUUUCUUACAAUCAUACAACGAAAAUUCUUUCGUUUCUAAAAGAUCAUGUCGAUAGUAAAAUUGAAACAAGUACAUAAAUUUAAGUAUUCAGAUUUAUGACAAUCUUAAUUUAUUAACAGAGAAAAUGAUUGGCAUAAACAUUUCGAGCUAACGCACAUUGUAUAUAUUCUCAAAGUAUGAGAAAUCGUCCUGUUUUCCAGUAAACAUCAAGUAAUAGCUACGUAAUAUCAGUAAUUGUAAUUUCUCACUCAACAGUAUAAAUGUAAUUUAAUACAUGUACAUAACAAUUACGUUUUUGAGUAGGAAGUUAUAAUAUUGAUGUUAUGUAACUGUUAAUUGGCAUUUAUUGGAAUUCUAUAAUACAAAAUCUAUAUUUUUUAUAUAAGCAUUUUUUUAUAAUCGCAAUAAUCUUCGGACUUGUUAUUAAUUAUAAGCUGCGAUCAAUAAUUAGUUACGAAUGAAUGUACAUGCAAUUAUUGUAAACGUUUACGCAGCAUUGUGCCUAUUUUUGUAAAAAUGUUGUAAAAUACUUAAUGAUACUUAGCGAAUUUAUCUAGGACGGGGAGUUGAUUAUGUAAACGUUACUUGUGUAAAUAUUUUGUAUAUUUGUAUCACGAUAUAAUUUAAGAUAGCGAUUAUUUACAUGUAUACAAUUACGCGUGGCUCCACGAUCUGUUCAUUUAAUUGUCGUGAAAGUGACGAGCGAAUUGUAUAAAUUAAUCGUAAAUAUAUUUUACCUAUGGAUUUAAGGAAAAUAUCAGCGAUUGCCUUUGCAUAUCACUUCGUGGCAAAACUAAAGUUACUUUAGUACAAAGUAAAAACUUUGUUAAAAAUUUCCAUUAUUUUGCCAUUAAAAUGUUUAUCUAAUCUUUAACAUAAGUCCGAUUAAAGAUAUUAAUCUUUAAUAUUUAUCCUAAUAUCUUUGCUCACAAAUUGUCAAAUAUAAUACAUACUCAUGGUGAUCGAUAAUAUGCAACGUUAAAAUUUCAAAUAAAUAUAAUCCAUUUUAUUAAA